CCAACAUGGGAAAGAAGCCGGGGAAGAAGCACCCAAAUAACAUGGUUACAGAGUGGCACUGGCAGCAGCAGUAGUAUUUCAUCCCCUAGUGUUCUCUCUCUCUUCCUCCUCGCAUUCCUCCCUCCCUCUCUUGGCUUUCUCUCACCUACCCAUCUUCAGAACAGAGAGAGAGAGAGAGAAUGGAGAACUCAGUCUCCAAGCUGUUCAUUCUUUUUCUGAGCACAGCUCUGUUACUGGGAACUGAGCUAGUCCAGUGCACCGUGACCUACGAUAACAAGGCUAUCAUCAUCAAUGGGCAAAGAAGAAUCCUCAUCUCUGGCUCCAUACAUUACCCCAGAAGUACCCCUGAUAUGUGGGAAGAUCUUAUGCAAAAGGCUAAAGAUGGGGGUAUAGACGUUAUAGAUACCUAUGUGUUUUGGAGUGGCCAUGAACCUUCCCCUGGCAAUUACAAUUUUGAGGGACGCUACGACCUUGUACAUUUCGUGAAGACGGCGCAGAAACUUGGGCUCUAUGUGAUGCUCCGCAUUGGGCCUUACGUUUGUGCAGAAUGGAAUUUUGGAGGAUUUCCCGUGUGGUUGCACUUUGUCCCGGGCAUCAGCUUCAGAACAGAUAAUGCGCCUUUCAUGGCGGCAAUGCAAAAGUUCACCCAGAAAAUCGUCGCAAUGAUGAAGAAAAGAAACCUGUUCGAGUCCCAGGGCGGUCCCAUCAUUCUGUCUCAGAUCGAGAAUGAGUACGGUGGAGUAGAGAAGUUGCUGGGAGCACCUGGUCAAGCAUACAUGAAUUGGACUGCAAGUAUGGCUGUUGGACUAGACACCGGCGUCCCAUGGGUGAUGUGCAAGCAACCUGAUGCCCCUGACCCCGUGAUAAAUACGUUCAAUGGUUUUUACUGUGACACUUUUUCUCCAAACAAACCUUACAAGCCUAUUAUGUGGACUGAGGCUUGGAGUGGCUGGUUCACAGAAUUUGGUGGGCCGAUUCACAAGCGACCGGUUAGAGACUUGGCAUUUGCAGUUGCUCGUUUCAUCCUGAGGGGUGGCUCAUUUGUUAACUAUUACAUGUAUCAUGGAGGAACAAACUUUGGGAGAACUGCUGGCGGCCCUUUCAUUACAACCAGUUAUGACUAUGAUGCUCCGAUUGAUGAAUAUGGUUUGAUCAGGGAUCCUAAAUACGGCCAUCUGAAAGAGCUCCAUCGCGCUAUUAAACAAUGCGAACAGGCAUUAGUUUCUUCAGAUCCUAACGUAACUAAAUUAGGACCAGCCCAGCAGGCUCAUGUGUUUUCUGGACAAGGAUUUUGUUCAGCUUUCCUCUCAAAUAGUGACACCAAGUCUGCCGCUCAAGUUAAGUUCUAUAACAAGAAGUAUAAGUUGCCUCCUUGGUCCAUAAGCAUCCUUCCCAAUUGCGGCAGCGCUCCAGUCUUUAACACUGCAGAAGUGCGGACUAAAACUUCACAAAUACAAAUGGUGCCUACAAACUCUGCGAUCCACUCGUGGGAGACUUACGGUGAAGACAUUUCUUCCUUGGAGGAGAGUUCGACAUUAACGGCAAUAGGACUCUUCGAACAGAUAAAUAUUACUAGAGAUACCAGCGAUUACCUAUGGUACAUGACAAGUGUUUAUAUCAGUCCAUCAGAGUCAUUUCUGAAUGGAGGAAAAUGGCCCACACUAUACAUGGUGUCAAAUGGCGACGCCGCUCAUGUCUUUAUAAACGGAAAGCUUUCAGGUUCAGCCUAUGGUAGCCGGAACGACAUGAUGUUCAAGUUUACUACACCAGUCAAUCUGACUGCUGGAAUGAAUAACAUAGCGCUGCUCAGCAUAGCAAUGGGAUUGCCGAACAUUGGGUUGCACUACGAAACAUGGCCAGAGGGAAUCCUUGGGCCAGUGACGCUGUCUGGUUUAGACCAAGGAACCACGGUCUUAACAUGGCAGAAAUGGACUUACAAGGUUGGCAUGAAAGGUGAGGCAAUGGAUUUGGCAUCUCCAAACAAAGUCUCAUCAGUUGAGUGGACUCAGGGGUUAUCUUCCCAGGGCCAGAAUCCUCUGACAUGGUAUAGGGCUUAUUUCGAUGCACCAGAAGGAGACGAGCCAUUAGCGUUGGAUAUGCUUAGUAUGGGAAAGGGCCAAGCGUGGAUCAAUGGACAAAGCAUAGGGAGAUAUUGGCCUGUUUAUGCCCAAGGCAACUGUAGUACUUGCAGCUAUGUUGGAACGUACAAAAAAACAGACUGCCUAAGCGGUUGUGGUAAACCAACUCAGAGAUGGUAUCACGUUCCCAGGUCUUGGUUGCAGCCAACGCAAAACUUGUUGGUCAUUUUUGAGGAACUUUUUGGCGAUGUUUUCAAGAUCGCACUUGUGAAAAGAACAAGUAGUACUUAGCAAGGCCUGUAAAUGGAGAAGAAGCCAGGAGGGUACCACUGUGAUUGCACUUGAUUGUAAGCUGCGGCGAGAUGUGAAGCAGAAAGGCAACUACAAGGUGAUAUCACUGUGAUCACAGGAUGCCGUGAAAUUGAAUCUGGUUGCUGACAUUGCCACGGGCGGCUCCAACAUUUUUUCUAAGCGAUAACAGAAACAUAUAGAAAUUUUUUCGAUAGGGAGGUUGAAUAUCUGUUAGGUUUGGUUUAUUUUAAUUUGAUGGGCUAUAUUAUCUGCUUACCCCAAUUGAUUGGUACUUAAGGCUCUAAUUAAAUUUUGGUUUGGUUUACAUUAUGUACUUACUCACAGAUUUAAGUGGAUUUUCUUUUAUUUGUUCUUUGUACGAAUGGUUUCAUUGCAGACAAUAUUAGAAAAAGACAAAUCAUAGAUAGAGAAAUACAAAAUUUUAGUGCAUUUUUUU